UUUCAUGUUUUUCCGACUUUUGUUUAUAAAAAUUACACGAAAGCAAAGCAAUGCGACCUGUCCGUUGUGUCUGAAAUCAAAUUAUUUGACUUUUCUUUACGAAAUUUUCAACUCAAUGACUCUAAAUUUUUGAGUAAAUCCGGAACUUGAAUCCCUGGUGAAUUUUUAUAGCGUUCUAUUACCCAGCUUGGUUACUCGGAAUUGCUCGGAAUAGAAUCGAAAUAGGGGGAAAAAAGGAUACGAACAAGUAAUCUAUUUUUGCGGAAAAUCUCGGUGAAAAUUCCUUCCAGGUCGAUUGGAGACGAUGGUCGACAACCUGAUGGAGAAAAUACCAGAUCAAGAAGUAGCAAUGCCAGAACAAAAGACUGCCGAGGUAGAAGGAGAAACUAAACGAAAGUUUCGUCGGAAGAUCUGGGUUAAUAUGCUCAGGAAGGAAGCUGUGACCCUCUCUUCCAAUAAUGCACACAAUAGGAUACCAAAUUUUGUUGGUGCAGCAGAGGCAGCUAAACGAUUGAGCGAAUUAGAAGAAUUUAAGCAGGCUCAGAUUAUAAAAAUUAGUCCUGAUAAACCCCAGGAAUCAGUGAAGAAUAUAGCUCUCGAAAAUGGUAAAGAAAUUCUCGUUCCAAAACCAAGACUGAAGUCGGGUCUAUUUAAUCUCGUUAGUCGUGUCACUAAUCCUACUGAGGAAGAAUUAAAAAAUGUUGUGACGAGGCAUGGCAUUCAACAACUCGAAAAACCAGUUGGUUUAGGCGUAAAUCUGAAGGUGGAUCUCGUGGUUCUGGGUUCGGUAUGUGUGAGUCCUGCGGGCUACAGAAUCGGUGAAGGUGAGGGAUACGCAGAUCUGGAAUUCGCGAUAAUGACCAAGAUGGGAGCUGUGAACGGAGACACGAUCAUAGCGACAACUGUCCACGAUCAUCAAAUUCUCGACGAUCUGCCGUCCGAUCUUUUUCAAGCGCACGACGUUCCCGUGGAUAUUAUCGUGACUCCGACCAAAACCAUUAUAGUCAAUCCGAAGCUUAGAAAGCCCGACUCUAUCCUCUGGAACCUUCUGAGCAAUAGAAGAGUGAAAUCCAUGCCGAUUCUUCAAGAGUUGAAAGAAGUGGAGGAAAAGGAAGGAAAGGAGGUAAUUUUGAAAGAGGAUGAUUCUGACGAGGAAGCGAUUUUCCUGGAAAGGAGCAAGCUUAAGCGAGUGAUUGGCAGAAUUCGCCUAAAGAUUAGACGCAAUCUUAAUUCCACAGUCGAGAGUGGAGAAGGAGACAAAGAAAGCAGCAAAACGCGAGUUCCUAAGAAACGCGUACGACAGAAACGUGGAGGCGAUGGGGACAAUAAUGUUUCCAGUGAAACCGAGAAGACCAACGGGAAAGAUACUCGUCGGCGUGCACCUUACAAAGCGCGUCAAAAGUACCAGAUUGACUUUUCGUUGAAGCUUUCGAAUAUCGCCUCAGACGUGCGAGUGCGAGAUUUGAAGAACGCUUUAAUUGAUCGCGGAGUGAAACCAAGUGAAAUUACCUGGAGAGGUCAGCGAGGAUUUUGCUUCCUUCAUUUUGGCAAACUCCGAAACGGAAAAACUACCACGGAGCCAGUCCAGGUGGAUUCCAUAGUUGCGAACUUGCAGGAACUUAAACUCGGCCAGGAAGAGGUCUCUAGUGAAAAACCAUUCAUAGUAGUAGAGCCAGCGAAGCCGAUUACAAGAAUCGAGGUAACCGAUGUCACAUCGGUUUAACGUAUUAGCUUUAAAAGCUCACUUUACAGCAUUAGAGAUUUACUGGUUUCAGGAUCGGGUCAGUUGAUCCGAUUCCUUUUGUUUUAUGCAACGAUGUGAUAGAGGAUUAAAUGCGUAUCGUUGUUAAUUUUGUUUUGUUUUUAGUUCAAGUUUUGCAAUUUCACAGUUUAGUUUAACAUAGGAACAAUGCUGUAAAUGAUGACCAAAUAAUGUUCACGUAUAAUGGUUGAAGAUACGUGCGUUUUCAUGAAGCACUGAGUUUACUCAAACAAAUACUUAGAGUAUCCAGUAAAUUGCGAGAUCCUCGAGCUCAAUGCCUAAUGAAAUACAAGGUGCUGGAGGAAUAAUGGUGUUUUUGCGAAGCACGGCAAUCGGACAUUUAUCUCGGGGCAUUUAAUCAAACAGACUGAUGAUAAUAGUUUUUAACUAGUGCUUAAGGAUAAGCCCUAAAGAAAGUCUGGAGCAUCGCGAAAGUUUCGGGGCUAGAUCGAGGAGAGAGUAGUCUAUUUUUCUGAAGCCAUAUUUUCUAAGAGUCGAAAUUGUGAAAGUAAGAGAGUGUAUUUUCAAUAGCUGCUUACAGUUGUCCAUUUUGCAUGACUCUAAGAGAAAAGAUUCAAGCGAUGCUCAAAGUAUUCGCGACAUUUUUGAAAGGGAGAAAAAGCAAUACCUUGUGAUAUUAACAGAUAUAAUUUGUUUGCUAAGGUAUAAUUGUUAAUGGUGAUAAUAUUAUACGCAUAAGACUUAAAUAUGUACCAAAAGAACAUUUUUUUAUUUAUCAAAACAAAACCUUUUUUUAUUUAUUUUGCGUUCGUCUUUAAAUUUUUCACUACCUUUCCAAUGUAAUCUUCUUACGAUUAGGGUAGAAACAAAUUUUAAAUCGCUUAUAAGACAUACUUCUUUCCCGACAAUUCAGUUCUUCGCUACGCAUGUAUUAGACUGAUUUCAACAAUUCUUCAUUUGCGUUCAAUAUCGCCGAAACGUGCGAGUAAAGGCAAAAUAUUCCUACCUCGAUACGACAGAUGCCAAGCAAAAUGAAUGUAAUUGAGAAAUUGCUGUAAAAACUAGCAGUUAUCGACGUUAGAAUUCUUCGAAACAAAUACUCUGUAUUUUACUGAAUACAAAUACAAACAUUUGACGAAUAA